AUGUUUAGACUAUUUUUAUGGCUCAAAACAGGGGUACGAUCAAUCGGCAUUUUACAAAGUCCAAAUGCGAUCAUCAUCGGCAGUAGUAUUCCACCUUACAAGGUGCUUGCUGAUUCAUUGAGUUUGGGAAGGUCAAUGGUUGAUGACUCUGUAGACCCACUACAAUAUACUCCAAUGGGAAGCAAAAUAAACAAACAAAUCAUGGCUUGUUCUCUUCUAGUUUCCUUGACAUGCAUUUUUCCAGGAUAUGAUAUCGGGUUGCUUACACCGGAAUUCGGCAAUAAGAUGUCCGAUGACCUCAAUUUCACCAGGGUUGAAAUUAUUAUCUUCUGUGUAUGUUUUCCCCUGUUCUAUCUACUGGCUGUAUUAGCUGCUGCCCGGACGGCAGAUUGGAUCGGCAGGCGGUACACGUUACUUUUCAGCUGUACCAUCUUCUUUGCAGGGUCCGUGUUAAUGUGUUCUGCCACUAACUUUGCUUUCUUCAUGGUUGGCCAUUUUUGCUCUGCCGUGGGAGGUGGUUAUGCUUUCAUGGUAGCUCCGGUUUACAUCGCGGAAAUCUCCUCCCCUGUUUCCUCCCGUGGCUUCCUUACUUCUUUGCCGGAAGUGUUUCUUAGUGCUGGGGCAUUGCUUGCUGCGAUUUCGACCUAUUGUUUACCAAAGAUUGUUGGUUACUUCGGGUGGCGAUACAUGGUUGGAAUUGCUGCAGUUGCAUCAGUGUUCUUGUGCAUAGGAUUGUCGAUUAUGAUAUCCGAGUCGCCACAUUGGCUGGUGAUGAAAGAUCGACUUGAGGAUGCCAAAAGACUUUUAGACAGAACUUCAAGCUCAAUGGAAGAAUCCCAAUUACGAUUUGAAGAUAUCCGAAAGGCGGUAGCCAAUUCUAGAAACACUACCACAUUCUUUCAUGCUUUCAAGGAAUUGGUCAUUCAUCCUUCAACAUCAGUUCGACAUAUGCUUGUAACUGCAUUAGUUAUACAAUUCUUACAGCAAGCGAUUGGGAUUUCCGUGGUUAACUUGUUUAGUAUAAACAUUGUUGAAAAAGCAGGCGUCCGAAGGGAAAUCCAUCAGCUGCUCAUAACUUGUGCAUUUGGGCUAACCGGAAUUGUGUGUAAUUUAGUAGCCACAGUGUUGGUGGACAAGCUUGGACGGCGAAUUUUGCUCUUAUACAGUGUUGCCGGAAUGGUGGUUUCGCUAUUCGGACUGGCCGUUGGAGUCACUACCAUAUAUCAUUAUUCUGAUCAAAAGAUAACCUGGGCAUUAGCAAUUUGCAUCAUCUGCUCAUUGUGCUGUAUCAUUUUUUUCUCAACCGGGAUUGGUCCGAUUGUGCUGAUUUACAGCUCUGAGGUUUUCCCUACAAGGCUGAGAGCUCUUGGAAGUGGCAUGGCAGUAGCAAUGAACUUUUUUGCUAGUGCGAUUGUGAUGUUUAGCUUUUUAUUAGUAAUGACGCAUAUACCAAGCUUUAACUUGGGUAAGUUCUUUUUUAUGUACUCGGGGAUUGCAUUGUCAGGAUGGAUUUUCAUUUACUUGUUCCUACCUGAAACGAAAGGUACUAGUCUUCAGGACAUGGAGAGAUUAUUUGUAGGCCUUGGAACAUUUUCAGGAGAUAGAAUUAGGAACUGGAUUCGUAACGGGAGAGUUUUACCUCUCGAAAGGGAUCCACCCGACUCAGUUGGGGAUUAGUUUGGGUCGCAUAUGCCAUUAAGCCAAACCAUAGCGAUGUAUAAUUAGAUUGUGAUGAUGUACAAAAUUUAAGUACAAGUACAACAGCAUCAAAGGAAAUAUGGUGUCUGUAUAUUUUUAGACUUAGGGACUCAACCAAAGGCUUAAAAAUUUCUCCUUGUGAAUCUAUAUAUCACUUGCUACCACCCCCCAAUCGAAGCUGAUAUCUGUCCGUCACGAGGGCUCAAUCCACCAAGUAACGUGCAAGAUCUUGCCGCUAAAUCCACCAAGGAACCUGGAAAGCUGCAGAAUAAGCAGGGUAAUUUGCAAUCUCCAGCCUGUAAGAAAAUAAGACUGCAAUGAAUAACGUGUAAUUCGUGGAAUAAUCUGUAAGAAUAUUUAAGCUAUAAGUAACAGUAGGUCAAAUAAUCUAUAAGUGAUCAGCUUCAGCUUCAGGUUUCAGGGAAGAAUAAGAAAUAAGUGAUCCUCUGAGUUUGAUCAUUG